UUCCUCUGUAUUGCAAAAGCAGAGAGUAAAAGGGGCUGUAGAUAAUGGUAGAGAAGACCAUCAGCAUGAACAACUGCCAAGGUCAUAUUAGCAGUACUAAUUAUAAAGAUGAUGGCGUUGAAGAAGCUCAACUUCCAGGGUUUCGAUUUCACCCAACAGAUGAAGAGCUUGUUGGGUUCUAUCUUCGUCGAAAGGUGGACAAGAAGCCUCUCAAUAUCGAACUCAUCAUACAAGUUGAUAUCUACAAAUAUGAUCCAUGGGAUCUGCCAAAGCCAAGCAGUGUGGGAGAUAAUGAAGGAUACUUCUUUUGCAAAAGAGGAAGAAAGUAUAGGAAUAGCAUCAGACCUAAUAGGGUGACAGGGUCUGGAUUUUGGAAAGCAACUGGCAUUGACAAGCCAGUAUAUUCACUAGGAGGAGAAGGCCGUGACUGCAUUGGACUCAAGAAAACACUUGUUUACUAUCGCGGAAGUGCAGGAAAAGGCACCAAAACCGAUUGGAUGAUGCACGAGUUUCGCCUUCCCACCAGUGAUAACAACAUCAGCUCCACUGCCAUUGCCAAAGCUGAAAUAUCUCCCCAAGAAGCUGAAGUAUGGACACUCUGUAGGAUUUUCAAAAGAAAUGUGUCAUACAGAAAAUACACACCGGAUUGGAGGCAAUUAUCAACAAAAUGUCAACAACCACCAAUUGACACGAGCUCCAAGAUAUGCAGUCCGGCCGAGUCUAAUUACAAACAAGAAAGCUACGUCAGUUUUGGCGCUCCACUCAUUCAACAUUACGAUAAUAAGCCUCCUGGUAGUCACGCCAUCGAAAGGAAACCGCUGCAUUUGGACCAGUUGAGCCACAUAGCUCAGCCACCAUCUAUGGCUUCAUCCUCAAACAUGUCCAGCCCGUAUAUCCAUGAGAUGUUUACACAUGGGGACUGGGAUGAGCUUGGAUCAGUUGUGGAGUGUGCUUUUGAUCCUUUUCUUAUGUGAAUAUUUGUGUAGUUAUAAUAAUGAUAGGUAUAGGGACUAAAGCCUAACAAGCUAGUUAAUUGGUUUUGUAAUAUAUAUACAUGGGCACUGAAAGACGUCAUUAAUAUUAUGUUUACCAUGAACUUAA